CAAAAUGGCGGGCGUCCGUGUGGAACCGCUGUCCACCCGUGAGAAGCUGUGUUACGCGGUGGGGGAGUUCUCUGGCGUCAUGACGUACGACAUCAUCUCCCUGUACGCCAACAUCUUCCUUCUGGAGGUGGUGAAGCUGACUCCCCUGGCGGCGACUGCGGUAAUUUUCGGGAGCCGAGUUUGGGACGUCCUGGCGUACCCUCUCCUCAUCCCGGUCCUGAACGCGACCAGGCCGAACAAGUGGGGCAAGCAUAAAACCUGGAUGGCCGCAUCCACGCUAAUCGUCAUCCCCUCCUACGUGCUGGGGUGGUACGUCCCGGGUAUCGACAGCGGAGGGAAAGUCGCCUGGUACCUGGUCUUCUACAGCGUGUAUUUGGUGUCCCAGACGGCCUACACGAUUUCCCAUCGUACCCUGCUGAUGUAUAUGACCGAAGUACCAGCCGAGAGGGAUUCAGCAACAACCUAUCGAAUGAUCUGCCACAUGUUGUCGUACCUCCUGGCGAUCGGUGUCCAUGGCCAGAUCGUGGCAGCGUUCGGCACUACGGAAUCUGCAUCGUGUGUCAACUCCACAAUCAGCAACACAAGUACGGCCAUCAUUGCGGACCCGGAGACUGGUUAUCUUGUAUCGGCUGGAACUACCGCCGCCAUUAUUACUAUCGCUGUCUGUGCAACACUCUUCGGAGUCAAGGAGUAUACAGGAAGCACGGUCACCGGUGACGACACCUCACGAGGAACUCUGCUGAAGGACAUCUGGGAAGUCUGCACCUUCCGGCCGUUCGCUGACCUGGUGGGCUUGGGGAUGCUGUCAUGCUUUGGCACCACUCUGCAACAAUGGUCCGCGGCCAUCGCAAUUCAAUACGCCCAUGGCCUUGAAGACCAAGUGCAGAACCUGCUCCUCGCCCUUUUGGGAGCAAGUGUCCUAACCAUCCCCGUUGCUGCCCUACUGCUGACGCGUUUUGAGAAGAAGCUAGUCUUGGCAGGUUUCGCCUUGUUAGUGGCGGGAGUUUCGGUGGGCAUGAUGUAUAUUCCCGCAGGGCGACUGGACAUUCUUCUCGUAAUGGUCUGUCUCGUUGGGAUUGGAUUUGCCGGUCCUACCUACAUACCAUGGACUAUGCUGACUGACGUGGCGGAUGACUUUAAAAUCCAGAAGGGGAAGAGGCGGGACAUGCUGUUCCAGACGUUAUUCCAGUCCCUGAAUAUAACCUCCAUACUGCUAGCUUCAGUCACCUCCAUAGUGGCUCUGGAGAUCGGCGGGUACCAGUCCGGUGCAUGCACCCAGGCGGACUCCGUCGCCUUCACCACCCGCCUGCUGGUCUCCUUCAUCCCGGCGGGGGCGACCCUCCUCAGCCUGGUCUUCCUCUGGCGCUACCAGCUCACAGGAGAGAGACUCGCGGCGAACAAGGCUGUGCUAGAGGAACGAAGGACCCAGCAGGCUGCAGACACCAACGUUAACGGAGCAGCACCUCAACUGUCAUUGACCAUGAAGUCACAUGACGAGCCGGACACACGCGGACCGGUGCAGCUGACCUACUUCGGGCCUCACGGUUCCUUCCGUGUUAAACACCAUUAGAGCUGCUCCGUGUGCCUGCUUUUCGGCUGAUCAAUAGUCAUAGCAAGGAGGUUAAAAUCAAGAGAAGUAACUAGCUAGUAAUUUUUUGUUUGAACAUUUAUUUAGUCAUGAAAGCUCAAAUCGGCCUGCACACCGCCUUUCAUUGAGGUCAUGUGGGAAGAGGCAAGGGUCAGACAAAGUCUAUAACAGAGAUACAGUUUACAUCGUUUAGAGUCCUUAUAAGUCCUAUAAGUCUGUAUACACAAUUUUGCAUACAUAAAAAAUACAUGAUAGAAAGAAACUGCUACAUGAUUCAAGUCCGUUCAGAUAUGUAUAAGAUAAUGCAUACAUACGUAAAUGUCCCUCCCACAAGGCAUUGCAAUUAUCUAAGGUCAAUUAAUACAAAAUCUAAGCAACGGCACGUGCAGGGCGCUACAUAACUAUUUUAGUGGCAGUGCAGAAUUUAGUCUGCGAUAAAAAAAUAUUCCAGGCGAAACUUACAGCCUCUUCCCUCUCCUUUGUGAUGUUAUUGCAAAGAUAACAUAGACAGAACACGAUAGCUCUCGGGUAUGGCAUGUUUACAAUAGAUCGUUACAGGCAAUCCACAAAGGCUGACUGUUGUUAUAGCAAACUAUCCGGUGGGACUACAAACGCAUGACCGCGAUGUUUCCUAUCCGAAGAUUUUGACUUCAGACUACGUCGAGCACCUGCAAAUGGCCGAUGGCUCCGUGCAAUAGCGCUCCUAGCGGUUCGACUGCUAAAGUGCAACUGCACAAACAUAGUGCCAGUGGUAGUGGUAUUGCAUAGAUUUGAUUUGAUUUUUAUUCAGAAACCUUUUAGCCCACCCGGGCCAAUCUUCCAAGGUUCAAAACAAUAGCAUCGUCGUCAUCGAUAUCAUUUGUCCAUAUCGGGCCGUGUGGUGAAAGCCAUGCGUUAAGAUGUAAUUCUUGAUAACAUAAAGA